AUGUCUGAUCAAAAUAUUGCACCUAGAACCUCUAACGAGCUUGUGAAUGACGCGCCAGUUGAAUCAAGUAGUGCAGCAACACAUUCGGGUGGAAGCAGUCAGAGUGAAACCAUGGAAGAAAGUGCGCUUCAGCAUUUAAAUAUUGAUUACGAGAAUGAUUCUGCUAUUGGUGGUAUGACGCCGCAGACAUCGACUAUGAGCGUCAAUUCUAGUGUCUACCAAUUUGUUGAAGAGAAUGGGAGGACCUACCACAGGUACAAAGAGGGUACAUACUUCCUUCCCAAUGAUGAGGCAGAGAUGGAACGACUCGAUCUCCAACAUCAAUUGUGGAUGCUCACCUUGCGUGACGAGAUGCAUUUAUCACCAAUCAAGAAUCCUCGACAUGUUUUAGACAUUGGAACUGGAACUGGAAUAUGGGCAAUAGAAUUCGCAAACAGAUUUCCUUCAACGAAUGUGAUCGGGACUGACUUGUCUCCAAUCCAACCCGAGUUUAUUCCGUCAAAUUGCCAAUUCGAAGUAGAUGACCUCGAAGACGAGUGGAAUUAUCCCCAAAAGUUUGACCUUGUUCACGGUCGAGCUAUGGUAACAUGCUUCAAGGACCCAGCCACAGUCUUUAAAUCUGCUUUUAACUCUCUAGAACCGGGCGGAUAUUUCGAGCUUCAGGAUAUGGCUAUUCCCAUGCGCGCUAUCGACGACACUCUCAAGGGAACGGCAAUGGAAUUUUGGGCUGAUACGACCAUGAACGCUGCUGAGAAACUUGGCCGCUCUUGGAAGAACGUUGAGAAGUACUCGAAACUUAUGGAAGAAGCAGGCUUUGUGGAUGUGACUGAGAGGCACUUCCAGUGGCCUAUGAAUCCAUGGGCAAAGGGGGACCACAUGAAGAUCUUGGCUACGUACUGGAUGGAGGAUAUGUUGAGGGCUUUGGAAGGUUUGAGUAUGGCUGUCUUAACAAGAGCGGGUGGCAUGACGAAGGAGGAAGUGGAAACCUUGACAGCGAAAGUAAGGAAGGAUAUUGUGAAUAGAAAUAUUCAUGCUUAUCAACCUGUGCCAACUUCCGAUGGAUCAAUGACCUACAUGCCAACAUACUACGAAAUUCUUGGCCUCCCUCAAGCUCUUCACGAUGAGCCAAAUCUGCCGGCGCAAACCUUGCGGACCGCGUACCGACGAGCACUUCUCCAAAACCACCCAGACAAAACCACUACGAAUCAUGCCCUGAACUCGAAAGCAACCACAUAUUCGAUCGACCAAAUAUCCGAAGCGUUCAAUACUUUGGCGAACCCAAAAUCUAGAACCAAAUACGACCAGGAACUAAAGCUUCAAAGCACUAUUACACAAGAUGGAGGGGUAGCGGGCAGGCAGGUGUUUCGCACGGGCAUUGAGUCUGUGGAUUUAGAUGACCUGGAUGUUGACGAGGCACAAGGCAUAUGGUAUCGGAGUUGCAGGUGUGGUGAUGACAGAGGGUUCUUGAUCAAGGAGGCAGAUCUGGAAGAGGCUGCUGAGGACGGUGAAAUUAGUGUUGGAUGCAAGGGAUGCAGUCUUUGGUUGAAGGUCUUGUUUGGGGUCAUGGAGGACAUGUAG